CGAAGAGGACGAUGCCAAAGAGGAGAAAAGCUCUAGGGAGAUGAUCGUGAGGAAUCUAUGCACGACUGCAAGGACGGGGAGUCUCGACAGUACGACGAGGGGGACUAUGGGGGCGAUGGAGAAAACGAUGAUGCCUAUCCUGACGAUGAUGAGGAUGGAGGGCAAGAAGGGUCGGCUGAUGUGGAGGUCGAUGAGGGAACAGGAGAUCGGUCGGAGGGCAGUGUGCACAAAAGGAAGCGGCGAUCUUCAAUAAGUCCAACGGCGACGGCGGAUAAACGUGCUGCGAAGAGCCUCACUGUCGCUGCAUCUCGAGAGAUACUCAGAGCUUCUCAAGAGGCGGUCGCAGAAAACGUGAAGAACCGCAAAGGGAAGGCGUCAACCAGGACGACAAAAGCGGAGAAACGUCCACUGAAAAGAAAGCAGAUGGUCGAUGAGGGUGACUCCGGAGAGGACGCCGAAGGGGUUGCUCCAAGGGCUCCGUUGGAACAGACACAACCUUCCGCCGACACCCGUUAUGACGCUAUCGACACAACACGGUGCUUCUUCUUGGAGUUCGAUGAGGAUGGGUUUGCGAAGAAGAAUCGGGAACACAUUCAAGUGGAUGUAACGAAGAUCUUGCCAAUUCUUGAAGGUGACAUCCUCUUCAACCAUAGAACAUUGGACGAAACGUUGGUGCAGUCCAUAUACGAUGCGAUCCAUUAUGCGGCUAAGGAACCAACGGGAAGUGGGAUAUCAUGACUUUCAUCCUGGCUCCCAUUGUACCGAACGA